GGUGGCCUGCAGGAGUUGUGCGAUGAAUUCUCGGACGGAAAGGUUCAGUUUGCUUUUGCCAAGGUGAUUGAUCCUAAUACAGAACUUCCCAAGUUUGUAUUUGUGGGCUGGUGUGGUAGUGGUGUUCCUGAACUUCGCAAGGCUUUCUUUAAUUCUCAACUCAGCGACGUGUCCAAGUUCUUCAAGAGUUUUCAUGUUCAAAUCAAUGCCCGCGAUGAGGCUGAUGUAGAACCAGAUCUUAUCAUGAAGCGUGUUGCUGAAUCCUCUGGUGCCAAUUACAGUGUGCAUAAGGAAGCUGCUAAACCUCAGCCUCGAGUUACACCCGUGGGCUCUGUGUACAAAAAGACAGAAAUUCCAGACAUUGCUGCUAUGCAACGUGAAUCCAUGACUAAGGAAAAUGCUCCUAAGCCCGUAGGUACCAACUAUACACCUGUUCAAACAGCUCCCAAAAAACUGGAACAACGUUGGAAUGCAGCCCAAAAUCAAGAUACAGGCGCCAGUUCUGUACGUGCUGAACGUGAACGAUAUGAAAAGGAAGUCGUUGAACGCGAAAAGGAAAGAGCAAGACAAGUAUCAUAUCAACAACAAGAGGACAAUAGUCAAUUGCAAGCUAGACAAGAAGAAGAGGCAUUGAGAAGAAGAGAAGCCGAGGAAAGACGUAUGCGCGAGCAAGAAGAAGCACGUCAAAGAGAAGAAGAACAGAGUCGUCUUUAUGAAGAAGAGGAGGAAAGAAAUAGGUUGUUGGAACAAGAUAGACAACGUCAACAAGAAGAACACGAUAGACAACAACGUGAACAAGAAGAACGACGCAGACAAGAAGAAGAAUACGAAAGACAGCAACGUGAGCAAGAAGAGAGACGUCGAUUUGAACAAGAAGAAGAACGACGCAGACAACAAGAAGAACAAGAACGUCAUGCUGAAGAACAACGUCAUGCUGAAGAACAACGUCAUGCUGAAGAACAACGUCAUGCUGAAGAACAACGCCGUGCUGAAGAACAACGCCGUGCUGAAGAACAACGCCGUGCUGAAGAACAACGCCUCGCUGAAGAAGAGCAUCAACGACAAGAACAGGAAGAAGCUGAUAGACAAGAACAAGAGCGUCAAAAACAAGCAGCAUCUUUGCAAUCUCAAUUAGACGAGACUGCCGAUCGUGCUAUUCAUGCCGCUAGCAUCGCAGGUGCUUCUGCUGCUGCUCCUGCCUCUCAUCAUCAAGGCGUCUCUGCUGUUGUUUUGUUUGAAUACGAUGCUAGUGAAGCAAAUGAAAUGCCUCUUAUUGAAGGUGAAGUUGUUACACAAAUCGAUCAAGUUGACGAAGGCUGGUGGUUUGGUGUGAGUGAAGAUGGAAAGAAACAAGGUCUUUUCCCUGCCAACUAUGUUCAAAUCAUUGAAGAACAAGAAAAUGUUCCUGUCGAGGCACCUGCUCCUCCUCCCCCUGCUGCACCUGCUGCCCCUCCCGCACCGGCUGUUGCUGCUCCUCAAGCUCAAGAUCAAGGUAACACUGCUAUUGCCCUUUACGAUUAUGAUGCUGAAGAAGACAAUGAAAUCUCUUUUGCUGAAGGUGAUGUGAUUACCCAUAUCGAAUUCGUUAGUGAGGAUUGGUGGCAAGGUGUUGCUACCAAUGGCAAGUCAACUGGUUUGUUCCCUGCAAACUAUGUCGAGUUAAAGAAAUAA